ACAUAUAUAAUUAUAUAUACAUGUGUGAGACUUCACUAGAAAAGCAGUAGUAGUUCUUCUCACUGUGUUCACUUAAUAGGUUCAUUUCAAUACAUAGAAUUAAUGGCCGUUCUUGGAGGUCUUGAAGCAUUUGACAAGAACCUUCUUAAGAGUGAUGCUCUCCAUCAGUAUAUAUUAGAAACAAGUGUUUAUCCAAGAGAACAUGAGCAGCUCAAAGCAUUGCGGGAGAUUUCUGAAAAGCAUAUCAUGGGGAUAAUGAGUUUGCCCCCUGAGGAAGGGCAACUUUUAAGUAUGCUCAUCAAGGUCCUAAAUGCCAAAAAGACCCUGGAGAUUGGAGUAUUCACAGGCUAUUCGCUCCUCGCAACAGCAUUGGCAUUGCCAAAAGAUGGCAAGAUAACGGCAAUCGAUAUGGAUAAAUCUUAUUAUGAGAUAGGAUUACCAUUUAUUCAAAAAGCAGGAGUUGAGGACAAGAUCAAAUUCAUUGAGUCUGAAGCCAUGCCCGUUCUUGAUAAAAUGCUUCAAGAGGUAAAUGAUGAUGAUUUAUAUGAUUUUGCUUUUGUGGAUGCUGAUAAGAACAACUAUGCUGAAUAUCAUGAGAGACUUAUAAAGCUUGUUAAAGUCGGAGGGAUCAUAGCAUAUGAUAACACGCUUUGGUUCGGUAGUGUGGCAGAGGUGGAUCCAUCCUUUCCAAAAGAAGCAUUGGAAAUGAGAGAAUUUUUAUUAAAGCUCAACAAGUUUUUAGCAUUUGAUCCACGCAUUGAGAUAUCACAAAUCAGUAUCGGUGAUGGUCUCACUAUUUGCCGCCGUGUUCUUUGAAAAAUAAUUUUUUCUAUGAACAAAUGAGACUUAUUUCUAAGUUUUUACUACCGUGUUUUUUGAAAAAAACUUUUAUUAUGGACAAAUGAUGCUUAUUUCUAAGUGACAUUGUUAUUCUAAUGAUAAAAUAUUAUGAUAUCUUUUCAUACAUAUGAGCAUCAAAGACACCCGAUUCCC